AUGUUUGUAGCCAUUUACAAGGGCUCUGUCAACGAUCCGACUACCUUUCCCCCGCCUUCGAAGACACAUGGCUCCUACCACUGGGCGUUUGAGCGCCUACUCUCUGCUGGUCUCGUACCCCUCACCGUCGCCGCUUUUGUAACGAGCGGCUCCAACUAUGCUCUUCUUGACGGCAUCCUGGGUGUCAGUCUCGUUAUGCACAGUCACAUUGGGUUCGACUCAGUCGUCGUCGAUUAUCUUCACGCCCGCAAGUUCCCCAUUAUUGGUCGUGUCAUGACAUGGACACUCCGGGCAGCGACCGUUGCCACUCUGGUUGGCGUGUACCAGUUCAACACGAACGAUAUUGGUCUCACUGAGUUGAUUGCGAAGGUUUGGCACGCAUGA